AACCCACAUUGCACAAUAUAUUUGUGGUGACAGUGUUAGGUUAGGUUGUGUUAUUAAUUAAUCUUGAAAGUUACUUUAAAUCUGAUAAAACAACAUACACUAUGAAUAUAAUUAGAAAAGUUAUUCAAAUAGUGCCUCAAGUUAAGCCAUCAUUAUUAAUAAAUGCAGAAAAUAAACAACUAUUGGACAUAACCUCUUCACUAACCAGCAGACUAUCAUGUUUAAAUAUUCAGGAUCGAUGCAUGGCCUCGUUGUCGCAGAUGCACAGGAAGGGGCCGCAUCAGAAGAUCCGUAAGCCGCGACAACCGCUGGACGGGAAUCCCUUCAUGAAAGGUGUCGUCAUAAAAACGCUUAUUAAGAAACCGAAAAAACCGAACUCGGCGAAUAGGAAAUGCGUCCUAGUCAGGCUAUCCAAUGGUAAAGAAAUGGUGGCUUAUAUACCAGGGAUUGGUCAUAAUCUUCAGGAACACAAUAUUGUACUUUGCCGUGUAGGAAGAGUCCAAGAUUGUCCAGGAGUGAAACUGAAGUGUGUUAGAGGAAAAUUCGACUUGGGACAUGUUAUUCAAAAUAAAAAGUAGAAUUAUCUAAAGUUGUUAAUAAAUUUGUUAGUUAUA